AUGAUGCGGCCGCAGCUGUUCCGUGCGGCCGCUCGGUCACUCCGGGCUCCCAAGAUCACACCCAGAACCUUCGCGACGACAGUUCCUCGCGCGGCCGAGGUGGAACUCACCAUUGAUGGCAAGAAGGUCUCCGUAGAAGCCGGCUCGGCUCUCAUCCAAGCAUGCGAACAAGCAGGCGCCACAGUCCCCAGAUACUGCUACCACGAAAAACUUUUGGUUGCAGGAAACUGUCGUAUGUGUCUCGUCGAAGUCGAACGUGCCCCGAAGCCGGUCGCCUCCUGCGCAUGGCCCGUACAACCCGGCAUGGUGGUGAAAACCAACUCACCGCUGGUCCACAAGGCCCGAGAGGGUGUUAUGGAAUUCCUCCUCGCUAACCACCCCCUCGAUUGUCCCGUUUGCGACCAAGGAGGAGAGUGUGAUCUUCAGGACCAGUCUAUGCGCUACGGUGCCGACCGGGGUCGUUUCCACGAGGAAGGCGGAAAGCGUGCUGUGGAGGACAAGAACAUUGGCCCCUUGGUCAAGACCUCAAUGAACCGCUGCAUUCACUGCACUCGCUGUGUACGAUUCAUGAACGAUGUUGCCGGUGCCCCGGAAUUGGGAACCGCUGGCCGCGGAAACGACAUGCAGAUCGGAACCUACCUCGAACAAAACCUCAACUCAGAACUUUCCGGCAAUGUCAUUGACCUUUGCCCCGUCGGUGCGCUGACCUCGAAGCCGUACGCAUUCCGUGCGCGUCCUUGGGAGCUGAAGCACACCGAAUCGAUUGAUGUGCUCGACGCACUUGGCUCCAACAUUCGCAUCGACAGCAGAGGAUUGGAGGUCAUGCGUGUUAUUCCUCGAUUGAACGACGAUGUUAACGAAGAAUGGAUCAACGACAAGUCCCGUUUCGCCUGUGAUGGCUUGAAGACUCAGCGUCUUACCACCCCGCUCAUCCGCCGGGAGGGCAAGUUUGUUCCUGCUACUUGGGAACAAGCUCUCUUGGAGAUUUCAGCCGCUCAAGAGAAGAUCCAGCCCAAGGCCAACGAGUUCAAGGCUGUUGCAGGACAUCUGGUUGACGCCGAGUCGCUCGUCGCAAUGAAAGACCUUGCUAACAAGCUCGGCUCUGACAACCUUGCCCUUGAUCAACCUGGAGGCAGCGCUCCCAUUGCUCACGGUAUUGAUGUCCGUUCUAACUACCUUUUCAACUCCAAGAUUUACGGCAUUGAGGAGGCGGAUGCUAUCCUUCUCGUUGCCACCAACCCUCGUCACGAGGCUGCGGUCCUUAACGCUCGCAUUCGCAAGCAAUACCUCCGAUCUGACCUCGAGAUUGGUCUUGUUGGCGAAGAGUUUGAGAGCACCUUUGACUUCAACCACCUCGGUACCGACGUUUCUUCCCUGAAGAGCGCUCUGUCCGGAGAGUUUGGCAAGAAGCUUGCCGCUGCCAAGCGACCAAUGAUCAUUGUUGGCAGCGCCGCUGCUGAACAUGCCGAUUCAAAGGCAAUCUUCGAGGCUGUCGGUGGCUUUGUUGAGAAGCACGCAACCACCUUCACCACCCCCGAGUGGCAAGGCUACAACGUUCUCCAGCGUGCCGCCUCCCGUGCCGGUGCGUACGAGGUUGGUUUCACUGCCCCAUCCACAGAAGUUGCUCAGACCGCCCCCAAGAUGGUGUGGCUCCUGGGUGCGGAUGAGAUUGCUCAGAGUGAGAUCCCCAAGGAUGCGUUUGUUGUCUACCAGGGACACCACGGUGAUCGCGGUGCUCAGCUUGCCGACGUUGUUCUUCCCGGUGCUGCGUACACUGAGAAGUCUGGUACUUACAUCAACACCGAAGGUCGUGUGCAGGUCACCCGUGCUGCCACCUCUCUUCCUGGCGCAGCUCGUGAUGACUGGAAGAUCAUUCGCGCGGCCAGUGAAUUCCUCAAUGCUCCUCUUCCUUAUGAUGAUAUUGAAGCUCUCCGUGACCGCAUGGAGGAAAUCAGCCCUGUCAUGCGCCGCUACGAUGUCGUUGAGCCCACUUCAGUUGGCUCAUUGAGCAAGGUUCAGCUUGUGGACCAAAACAGGGGCUCCGUGGCUACCAAUGAGCCUUUCAAGAAGGUCAUUGAAGACUUCUUCUUCACCGACGCUAUCUCCAGGAGCUCGCCUACCAUGGCCCGCGCCUCCGCUGCUAAGGCCACCGGAAAUCCCGAGACCAACUUCAUGGCCGCGGGAGAGAUGUCUCCCCAAGCUUUGUAUGGUUAG